ACUCCGGCUGCCAGCCUGCCAUACUGAGCGGAGACUCCGGUACAAUCACCUCCCCUGGAUACCCGGGCAUGUACCAACCCAACCUCCGGUGUUCCUGGACGAUAACAGUCAGCAGGGGAAGGCGGGCCACCAUCAGGUUUACAAGUUUGGACGUAGAGGAACAGCCUGGGUGUGUUUACGACUACCUGCAGGUGCGUGACGGCGCCGACUCCAUCUCAGACUCCCUCGGCAAAUUCUGCGGCAGCACAAUUCCGUCGCCGGUCGUGGCCAGUGGGAGGACCAUGUUCCUUGUCUUCGUCUCCGACGGAUCAGUAGGCGGCGCAGGAUUUUCCGUUGAGUAUGCGGGAGUUACCAACCUUGCAAGGCGCCGGAGCACAGCACAAUCCAGCACCGGCUACGGCCUAACAUCCUCAAAAGCUGUGGAUGGGAUCACAGACGGCAUUGUAUGGCACUACUCGUGCACACAUACACACACCCAAAGCAACCCAUGGUGGCGGGUGGAUCUGGGAAGUACCCGUACAAUCUUCGCCGUCGAUGUGUUCAACCGUGUCGACGAGUGCUGCAGCGAUAGGCUGAACCCCUUCUAUGUGCACGUCGGUCACAGCACGAGCGUAACGAGUAACCCAACCUGUGGCGGCCAACAGUCCGUAUCAGGGGACUACAAGUCCGUGCCGUGCAAUGGUCUGCAGGGCCGGUACGUCGGAGUAGCUCUGCAAGGAAGCGGCCGCACCCUGACCCUGUGCGAGGUGAAAGUCUUCGGCGUGUAGGACAUCUGCAAAGAUCUUCAAGACCGAAGCAACGCGUAUGAGAUUCAGUAAGGGCCG